GUCGAUAUAUAUUUGCUCCCAAUUUUAGAGGACAUUAGUCACUUUCAGACAUCAGAGAAAAAUACUCACACCUGUGCCUGCCUGCAUAUCUGUAAAAUAAAUAGAAACAGGACAAUGGCUUGCGGAUCACAUCUUAUCGUUGCUACCUUUUGCCUUGGCACCCUGGUCAUCCAACCUCUCGACGCGUGUACCACGCCGAAACCCAAUCUACGAGCGAUCAAGUCCUCGGCGAAACUGCCCGCUCUGAAAUUCUUGCUGAACCCGAUAUACGACGGGGACGACUACAUUUACCUCGUGGACGGGUACGGCAAUUCUCUUAACCACAGUACUGCCAUCAUUUCGAGGUACCGUAAAAACUCAAAUAGUAGCCGGGGGCUACUAUUUACAAAAUUGGUGUCUGGGACCCGGCUACUAUUUGAGCAAGGCUACUAUUUGGGCAGGGUCACUAUUUAUAAAAUGACGGAAAGAAGCACGGCUACUAUUUGCAAACAGCUAUUGAAUUAUGUUUCCAGAAUCAAUCUCCAAUUAAAUUUUAAUAACAGCACCAAUUUCUCCCCUAGAAUCGCAGUCUAUGACAAUUCUGUUGUUUAAACCUCCUCUUAAUCAAUUUCUUUGAUGAGUCGAAUUUGGUGUUCACUUCGAUUUUUUGUGUUUAAUUGCGAUUAAAUCGAAUUAUAAUUGAAUUACUUAAAUGACCUGGCUGGGAGAUGUGUGGUUAAGUUGAUGCACGGCUAUAAUUCAAGUAAGGCUAUUAUUUGGGCAGGGCUACUAUUUGGGCAGGGCUACUAUUUGAGCAGGGCUACUAUUUGGGCAGGGCUACUAUUUGGGCAGGGCUACUAUUUGGGCAAGGUCACUAUUUUUAAAAUUAUGAAAAAAGGCAGGGCUACUGUUUGAGCACGGCUACUAUUUGAGCAACGGCUACUAUUUGAGCACGGCUACUAUUUGAGUUUUUACGGUAUUCCAUUUCCACGGAUGAAAUAGUCUCCGUCGCUCAAAAUUCGUAUUAUAACCUUGUCUGGGGAAGUGCUUUUAUGGAUUUUGAGCAAAACCUGAUUUACUACUUGAGCGGCUUAGACACUGCAGGACGAAUUAUGAAAGUAGAUCUUAACACGAACAACUGGACAAUAAUUGGAGACUGGACGUCUGAAUGGAUUGCCGCCAGGAUUUUAGUCGACAAUUAUACAGGCUACAUAAUGGGUGGAAAUUUUUACAACUCGACUAAUGCAUUCCACAUUAAAACGACGACAUCCACGAGGCUGAGCGACCUGCCGGCCUCGUUCCAGGAGUGUGGCUUGUCCGGCGUGCAUACAGGAAAUGACAGCGUCUACCUGUUUGGCUGCCCUUGGGGGACCUGUGACAAAGUUGGCAAGUACAGCAUAAAAAUGGACUCCUUCGAGGUGUUACAACCCGAUACUGGUUAUAAAUCUGGAGUCUUAUCUACGGUGUGGACUGGGGAGUUGAUCUAUAUUUUCGGAAACGUUGCAAACUAUUCCUCCCCGAAUGUUUGGACGUAUAAUGUUGAAACAAAUGUGUUGGCCCCGGUCACAGUUGACGACUUUCCGGGGGAAGAAGAUCAGCAAAUAGCAUUUACUGAUGCCGUUUACGUAAAGAAAUUGAAUAGAAUUUACACCUUUGGAGGACAAACUGUCGACCAGAUGGAUAACAGGAUGAUAAGAGACGAUAUCUGGUAUAUUGACUUGAAUUGAAAAAAUAUGAAAGCAAAAAUAGUAUUCAAAUCUAGAGUUUUUUCUAAAGUUACAUACAGUGUCGGACAGAUGUCUACGUCCACAUAGUCGCGUCAAUUUCAUUUUCAAAUUGUCACUGAACUACUGAACCAAUUUUCAUCAU